AUGCCACCAGCAAAGCGUAGAAAGACGAGAGGUGCGGAGAUGAAGCCAAAGAGCAAGCCGAGUGAGCGAAAGCCACUACCCGUCACCAUCCUGUCUGGCUUCUUGGGUAGUGGAAAGACGACGCUUCUCCGUCAUAUUCUCCAGUCACCGGACCAUGGGCUGCGCAUUGCGGUCAUCGUCAAUGACAUGGCAGCAGUCAAUGUCGAUGCCAAUAUCAUAAGCCGAAUGGGUAACAAGCCAACGAGCAACGGCGAGGUCCGCGUCAAGGAGAAGAUGAUACAAAUGGAGAACGGAUGUAUUUGCUGCACGCUCCGCAGUGACUUGCUGGUGGAGCUGGCGCGCCUUGCGUGGAGUGACCAAGGCUUCGACCAUGUUGUCAUUGAGAGCUCGGGUAUCAGUGAGCCUCAGCAGGUUGCUGAGACGUUUACCACUGAAUUGACUGAGGCCAUGGCCGACGCUGAAGGAAUGGAGCCUGACGAGAAGGAAGUGUUUGCCAAAGUGGCAAAGAUUGGUGGUCUGAAGACCAUCGCAACCGUCGACACAAUGGUCACUGUCGUAGAUGCCUUCCGCUUCUUCUCCGAAUUCGACACUGCCGAAUUCCUGCAGGACCGCUUCGGACGAGAUGAAGUGCCAGAUGAGGACCAGCGAACAAUCUCUGAUCUUUUCGCUGAUCAGAUCGAGUUCGCUAAUGUCAUUAUUGUAAACAAGAUUGACAGAGCGGACGCUGCAACUCUGGGCCGCGUCAAGGCCUACAUCAAGUCUCUCAACCCCAACGCCAAGAUCAUCGAGGCCAAGUACUCCAAGGUAAAUGUCCGUGAGAUGCUCAACACUGGAAUCUUCAACUUUGGUGAAGCGGUAGCAAGUGCGGGAUGGCUGAAGAGCUUGCAUGAGAUGACCGUCAUGGAUGUCCAUGGCAAGAAGCGGGUUGCGCCCAAACCUGAAACGCUCGAGUAUGGAAUUGGGUCCUUUGUGUACCGUGCUCGUAAACCAUUUGACCCACUGAAGCUUUACCGGCUGAUUGAGGGCAAGUUCGUUCUUCUGCAGGAUGAACUAGAAGACGAUGAAGAUGGCGACGAAGAAGAGGAUGAUGAGGAGGAAGAUAAAGAAAAUGACAGAUCAUCUGAAUCCGCCAAAGCCAGCGCAUCUGGAGAUGAUUCCGACAAGGAAACUGACGAUGAUGACAGCCCUCCAAUUGAUGACAAGCAAAUUUUGGCGAAUAAGAAAGCCAGUCCCUACUUCGGUGGUCUGCACCGUAGCAAAGGCAUCUUCUGGCUCGCAACCCGCCCUAACCAAAUGGGCUCAUGGAGCACUGCCGGCGCCAUGCUAACGCUGGGGUCUGAAAUGCCCUGGUUCUGUUGCGUGUCUCAAGAAGAGUGGGGCGCCGACGAAGAUACUGUCAAGGCUAUCAGGGGUGACUUUGAAGGCAAGUGGGGCGACCGCAGACAGGAAAUGGUCUUCAUCGGCGAGAAGCUCGACGUCGACGGGCUAACCAAAGCGCUCGAUUCAUGCUUGCUUAGCCCGAGCGAAAUGAAGAAAUGGGAAAAGGUGAUGAAAAACAAGAAGCUGGAUGAUGAGGAAAAGGAAGAGAAGCUCCAGGAAAUGUGGGAUGAUGGCUACUGGGCUGAAUGGCCGCGCAUGCAGGAUGGUGAGGAUCAUGAGCAUGACCACUCUCACAACCAUCACCAUGGUCACAAGCACUGA